CCCUCUGCACGGAGAGCACCCCAGCGACCCGCACCGCGCGCUCCGCGGGGCGCUGCCGGCACCCGCGUUUGGGUGGCACCGAGAUUUGCGAUGCUUCGGUCGAGCGCCAUCCGGACGCUGCCCCAGCGGGCUUUGGCGGCGAAGAAGAAGGGCGCAAAGAUGAAGAAGAAAGUGACGGCGCCGACGGAGGUGCGCAUGGCGCCGCACAUCCCAGCGGAGCUGACCAAGGAGACGCGGCAGUUUUUCAACAACGCACCGCGCCUGAAGGCCCUCCUCGAGCUCGUCUUCUCGCCCACGGAGCCGCGCGAGAGCGACGACGACCGGCGGGAGUACGAGCAGGCGCGGGCCGAGUUCCAGACGCUUGCGGAGAGGGCGCGGAACGUCUACGAGGCCCACGAGAGGAGAGCAAACGAGCGCAUGUGGCGAGCGGUCCAUCAGCUGCCAGAGGACCUGUACGACGAGGCAGUUGCGUCGAGGCCCGAGAAGGUGCCGGAGUCCCUCCUGUUCAACGUGCGACAUCGGGCCGAGAUCUUCCGCAGCCUGAGCCACGACGAGCUUAGGAGGCUUCAGGUGUUUCAGAACCUGAUGUACGUGCGGUACCCGCACAGCGAGGAGAAGCGACGGAACCCGUCGCGCUUCUGGAUCCCAGAGACGCAGGUGAUCUCCCGGCAGAAGGAGGCUGCACUGGCUAGAAGGAAGAUCAAGAAGAUGUGA